AAAUUUGGUAAUUAACAGGUGAAAAAUCAAUGGUAAAGAAGCGUUAUCUACACAUCACGAAAGAGAUCCUAAAGGCAAACCCAAACAUAUGUCGCUACAAGGCACCCUCACUGGAUUCACAUCAGGACAUGUUGAUUCCAGAGGUACCCAAGCUUGGCAAGGAAGCGGCACUGAAGGCCAUCGAAGAGUGGGGCCAGCCCAUUUCAAACAUUACCCAUCUCAUCUUCUGCACAUCUUCCUACGUCGACAUGCCUGGCGCCGACUUUCAACUGGUCAAGCUCCUCGGCCUUGACCCCUCUGUGAACAGAUUCAUGAUCUACGUACAAGGCUGCUUCGCUGGUGGGACUGCCCUACGUCUUGCCAAAGACAUCGCAGAAAACAACCCCAGCGCACGCGUUCUGGUGGUGUGCUGUGAGAUCACAAAUAUGUAUUUUCAAGCACCCACUGAGAGCCAUGUGGAUGUUUUGGUAGGACAGGCUUUGUUUGUAGAUGGUGUGUCGGCUUUAAUUGUUGGUGCUAAUCCUGACCCCAAAAUGAACGAACGGCAGGCGUAUGAGAUUAUGUCAACGAGAGAGACUAUUGUCCCAUACUCGGAGCAUGGCGUGGUGGUACACUUCUGUGAAAUGGGUUGCGAGUAUUAUCUUUCACCAGAUGUGCAAAAGUUCGUUGGUGCAAACAUUGAGGAGAUUUUCGUAAAAGGGUUUAGCGAAAUUGAUGGGAUAAAUAAUGAUUGGAACUCGUUGUUCUAUAGCAUCCACCCUGGUGGACCGGCCAUUUUAGACUAGGUUGAAGAAAAACUGGGUCUGAAUUAGGGGAAGCUGGGAGAAACCAGGCAUGUAUUGAGGGAGUAUGGGAACAUGGGAUCUCCAUCUGAUUUGUUUAUUCUCGAUGAGAUGAGGAAGAAGUCAAUGGAGGAAGGAAAAGCCACAACUGGUGAAGCGCUGGACUGGGGUGUUCUGAUUAGGAUCGGGCCAGGGCUAACCGUGGAGACUGUUGUACUGCGUAGUGCCCUCAUUGCUGCCUGCUAA